AUGCCGUUUUUUGGUUGUAAUUUGGGCUACUUGAGGACCAAUAUAGGUCGUAGAAGCAUAACGUAUUUGCACAGCGGAAGUCGAGUCCGUGGGCUGAAAAGGGAUCCCAGUGAGUAUUUGAGACUUCCUGGCGGACUUCUAUACACAGAAAUUGAACCCUCGACGUAUCACGAUACCAUACGGUCGCGGUUGAAUCUUCAAAACCAUGAUGUGACGCUCUCGGAUGACGUCAUUGUGCAGUGUCUCACCCACAAAUCGUUUGCACACGGUGGCAAACCAUACAACGAGAAACUGGCAUUGUUGGGAGCCCAUUAUCUCAAGUAUCUAACCUCAGUCUUUUCGUUGAAACUCCCGGCUCCAUUAUCACCAGUGGCAGCUGAAAAGAUCCAAAAACCCAUCAAUGGGUUGAAUUUCACGAACUUGGGUUCCCAGGGCUCGAAAUUACUCAUUUCCAAGAAUACCACCGCAGAAUUCAUCCGGAAAAGACAAUUGGAUUCAUUUGUUUUUUGGAAGAAAAGAGACCCUCUUCAGAACGCGGCUUACAACGGCGAGUCUGCAGUUUACGCUAGUGUUCUGAAUGCAUUGUUGGGAGGCAUGUUGUUAACGAACGGAGCUGAAAAGACCAACCGAUACAUACAAAACGAGUUUUUAGACUCGUCCAAAGAAGCAUCACUUGUGCGCGUCGCGUCCAGCCACGACGUAUGA